AUAACACGAUUGAUAUAACGUAUAGUAACUUUCAGUCUAAAUGCGCUGCCCAAGCAAACUGAGGAUCAAAUCAGAAGAAGACGUAAACAUUUUGUAGUUUUUGAGUAUUCUCUUCUCACUAUAAAUGGCUUUGAGUGUUGGUCGUCAACUGCAAUCUCGAAGCGGCAUAGCAAGACGAGUACUAUGGAGGAACUCUACGGCUUCUCUUUCAUCAAUCAGCUACAGUCAUGAGCCAGACGGCCCAUCAAUGAAAACAGAGGUGCCUGGACCUAAAUCCAAGGAACUUUUUAAACGAUUGGAAACCUUCCAGAGUUCAAAAGGAAUGAAAUAUUUUGUAGAUUUUGACCAAAGUAGUGGUAACUACAUUGUAGAUGCAGAUGGUAAUGUUAUUCUUGAUGUGUAUCAACAGAUUGCGUCAAUGCCUCUGGGCUACAACCAUCCAGACCUUCAUGAAGCUUUAAGGAACUCAACAGAGUUAAUAACUUCAAUCAUAAAUCGAGCAGCACUCGGUCUGUUACCACCAAAGACCUUACCUGAUAAUUUAAAAAAUUCUCUUCUGAAGAUUGCGCCAAAAGGGCUUACAGAGGUAACUACUAUGGCCUGUGGAACAUGUGCAAAUGAAAAUGCCUUGAAAGCAGCAUUCAUCUGGUACAGGAACAAAGAGAGGGGAGAUAUUAAUCCAACGGAGGAAGAAAUGCGCACCAGUUUGUUAGGAAAGCCUCCUGGCUCUACCCCAUAUACAGUUAUGUCAUUCCAGGGUGGAUUUCACGGCAGAACUUUAGGGGCUUUAACCUUGACCCGUUCCAAGCCGAUCCAUAAGGUUGAUAUUCCUUGUUUUGAUUUUCCUGUCGCUCCAUUCCCCAAACUGAAGUACCCACUGGAAGAAUUCACAGCAGAGAACGAAGCAGAAGAAAAACGCUGUUUAGAAAUCGUAUCUGAAAUGAUUCAUGAAUGGAAUCAAGCUGGCAAGAAUGUAGCAGCUCUUAUAGUUGAACCUAUUCAAGCGGAAGGAGGUGAUAAUCAUGCUUCGCCCAUGUUCUUUCGUGGACUGCAAGCGAUCUGUAAAGAGUUUGGUACAGCUUUUAUUGUAGAUGAAGUGCAGACAGGAUGUGGUGCGACAGGGAAAUUCUGGGCUCAUGAAUACUGGAAUCUCGAGACACCUCCAGAUAUUGUGACUUUUUCCAAGAAGAUGAGUACUGGUGGAUACUAUCAAAAAGCUGAAUUCCGACCUGAUGCUCCAUUCCGUAUCUUCAACACUUGGAUGGGCGACCCAAACAAGUUGAUCAUCAUACGUGAAGUUAUUAAGAUCAUCGAAAAGUAUGAUCUUGUAACCAACGCUUAUAACAUUGGGGAAAAGUUAAUAGGAGGACUCAAAGAUUUAGAGAAUACAUAUCCUGAACUUUUUUCCAAAGUGCGUGGAGUUGGAACAUUUUGUGCUUUUGAUCUUUGUGAUGUGGCUACAAGGACAAAGUUCUUGGCUAAUGCAAGGAAUAGGGGCGUGGACAUGGAUGGGUGUGGCACAAGCACUAUCAGGUUCCGCCCAGCCCUCAUUUUUGGUCAAAAACACCUUGAUAUCCUUCUUGAUACCAUGAACAGCGCUGCGAAGGACCUCGUAGAUAGCAAACGUUCCACUGCAAACUAGGUUUCUUAUACUUUCCUCCCCGGCCGGCAUUAGUCUCGGUCCAGAUCCCUCUCCACGUAGCUUGGACCGAAGGAUUAUAAAGUCCUGAAACCCAAACCCUUACCUUUACCCAAACCCCCCAACAAACCUAACCUUAAACUUCAUUACGGAAUAGUGUCAUUUCAUGUAGUCUUAAAUAAUGUAGUAAUGUACCAAAUCCGUAAAAAAAAACCAAUUGUUGAAAAGUUUAUAUUCUUCUGGAAAAACGCCAAGAAAGACAGCUUUUAAAGUAUUUGCAUUUCUAUAACGUAUAAAGAAGGGGAAAAUGUUAAA